CAAACAUAACUACUGUCUUUCAGCAUCAGCCAAACAUUAGCUUGUAGAGUAGCUUUUAGCUAACCAAACUCAGAAAAUAGAGCUCCUAGCCAAGCUAAUUUAUGAGUCGCAAACGAAACCACAGUUUCGUCGAAGCCGGCCUGUCCCCUGAGCUCCACGGCGCCUUCAUGGAGCCCCCCGGGUCAGCGAGCCGAGCCGAGGGCGAUUUCCUGGAGCUCGAGCACGACGAGGAGCUUCUCUGCUCGGUCAGCGACAUCACCGAGCACCUCGGCAGAAACAUCGCCGCGGUGCUGGAGACGGCGCUGUCGGAGAUCCGCAAAAUGGUCAGCAUCAGGAUACGAGUCCUGAAGAUGGAGCUGCGCGAGAAAACCGAGGAAAUCGAGGUGUUAAAGGUGAGACUGGAUACAGUCCAGAGGGACGGCAGGGACCCUUUCCCCGGCGUUGCGACCAUGGAGCCGUCUGCAGAUGUUGCCUUCAAAAAACAUGACUUCGGCUCCGGCAACAAACACAAUAGUGUCGAUCCAAGGAGAGCCAAGGCUGUCAUGCCUGGUGUGAAGAAGGAGAAUAUAGAUGCUAUCUGCGACUAUCUGAUGAAAGACAAGAACUCGAGGGGGGGCGCUGACAUGGACGGAGACCAGAGCAGCCAAGCCAGCGGCGACAGGGAGACUCACCCAGAUCCGGACACGCACUCCCUCAACCUGUGGCCGGACGGCAGCAUGGCCGGCUCCGGGCCUGGACACGGAGACUCCGAGUCCGCCACCGAUGACCUCUUCAGUAUGCUCCCCUCCGGCAGCAAGCGGAUGUACGACUACGAGUGGAUAGCACCGAUGGAGUAUUCUUCAGACCUGAAGGUCAUGAAGGAGCCCGAGUGUGAGGACAUCCCGACUGGCGAGACGGAGGAGGAUGAUGAGGAGGAGGAUGAGGAGGAGGGAGACGUGUCGCCGAGGAGGGAGGCGGGUGAACUGGAGCAGGCCCAGGCCCCGCUGUCACACGUCCAGCCCUCUGAGUUCAGCAUGGGGCCCCAGAGCUCUCCAGGGGAGGGAGGGAGUCCGCUGGAGGGCAACACAGACCGGCCUGUGGCAGGCCAGCAGUUCCCUGGCCACACCUAUAUCUGCUCUCUUUGCGGAACCUUCUGCCCCGACUCCGUGUUCCUAGAGGAACACGUCAAACUGAUACACUCGGACUCCGCCGGCGCCCAGGCCCUCCAGGCCCUGCAGUCCACCUGCUCAGCCACGCCCGCCAUGGAAGACGGAGGCCGUGACUCCAGGAGGAGCGGAGGGGACCAGGACCAGGACGAGGACACAGCAGAAGGGGCUGGUGCGGGAAUAGGGGCUGGCGUGGGCCUUGGGCGGGGAGCGGGCGUGGUGAAAAAGGAGAUUAAAAUCGAGGGUGGGUACGAGUGCGGGGACUGCGGCCGCCACUUUAACUACCUUGGCAACCUGCGGCAGCACCAGCGUAUCCACACGGGAGAGAAGCCCUUCAUGUGUCCGGAGUGCGGGGAGCGGUUCCGCCACGCGGCCCGCUUAAAAAGCCACAGGCUGGUGCACAGCGGGGCCCAGAGCCCCUUUCCCUGCCCCCAGUGCGGGAAAGGUUUCUCGGUGCUAUCGGGACUCAAGAGACACCAGCGGGUGCACACCGGCGAGAGCCCGUACGCCUGCCCGCAGUGCGGCAGGCGCUUCAAAGAGCUGGGCAACCUGUACACCCACCAGAGGAUCCACAGCGGGGCCACGCCGUACUGCUGCCAGCAGUGUGGACGCAGCUUCCGCCACCUGGGGACUUACAAGAGCCACCGCUGCACCCCGCCGCAGUAACGCCGCUGUGCUUCCUCCGCUUGGACUCCGAGGCGUGGUGGGGGGGGUGGUAUCCUGAGAUGAUUUUGUGUUCUGUCACAUUCAUGGCAUUUCACACCUGCAUCAAGAAAAGCUCCGUAAUCGAGCUUCAGUUCAUUCUUGACCUCGGAAACGGCAGUUUGACGAAACAAUGUCAGCUCCAGGUCCACAGCCCAUCGACUCCUUGUUAGAGUUGCUCCGAUACCGAUAUCACAAAGGCCUCCGGUACAGCCUGAAACGCUGGAUCGGGUAUCGGCGAGCACAUGCACCAAUCCCAUAUUAACGAGUACUAUUAUAGCUAACGAGUGCGCCGUCUCGCUUCUUUCCCAUCUCUGUCGAGAGUUGCACAUGCUCAGUACAGAUCGGUCAGGCGCCAGCAGAGCCGGAGCAUAUUGGCAACACAUUACAUAUUUUAAAAAGGUGAG